CGGCUUCCCGGGCUCGGGGAGGGGCGGCGGCCCGGGCCGCGGAGGGCGCCGCGCACCUGUCGCCUGCGGGCCCGCGGCCUCGUGCGCUCUCGGCCGGCGCGGGCGCCCCGGGCGGGGGCCGCGGGCGGGGGGCGAGCAGCGCGGCGCGGGGACGCGAUGGCGGCGGCGGAGCCCGCGGGCCCGGGGCAGCAGGCGCCGCAGGGGCAGGGGCAGGGGCAGGGCCCGCGGCCGCCCGCGCCGCCCCCCCAGGCGCAGCCCCCGCCGCCGCCGCUCGCGGGUGGCGGGGCCGGCAGCAGCCGGCACGAGAAGAGCCUGGGGCUGCUCACCACCAAGUUCGUGUCGCUGCUGCAGGAGGCCAAGGACGGCGUCCUGGAUCUCAAAGCGGCUGCGGAUACUUUGGCUGUGAGACAAAAAAGAAGAAUUUAUGAUAUCACCAAUGUCUUGGAAGGAAUUGACCUGAUUGAAAAAAAGUCAAAAAAUAGUAUCCAAUGGAAAGGUGUAGGUGCUGGCUGUAAUACUAAAGAAGUCAUAGAUAGAUUAAGAUAUCUUAAAGCUGAAAUUGAAGACCUAGAACUAAAGGAAAGAGAACUUGAUCAGCAGAAGUUGUGGCUACAGCAAAGCAUCAAAAAUGUGAUGGACGACUCCAUUAAUAAUAGAUUUUCCUAUGUAACUCAUGAAGACAUCUGUAACUGCUUUAAUGGUGAUACACUUUUGGCCAUUCAAGCACCUUCUGGUACACAGCUGGAGGUACCUAUUCCAGAAAUGGGUCAGAAUGGACAAAAGAAAUACCAGAUCAAUUUAAAGAGUCAUUCAGGACCUAUCCACGUGCUGCUUAUAAAUAAAGAGUCCAGUUCAUCUAAGCCCGUGGUUUUUCCUGUCCCCCCACCUGACGACCUCACACAGCCUUCCUCUCAGCCUCCGACUCCGGUGACUCCACAGAAAUCCAACCCGGCAACUCAGAAUCUGCCUGAGCAACAUGUUUCCGAAAGAAGCCAGAAUCUUCAGCAGACAUCAGCCACAGACUUAUCUUCAGCAGGAUCUAUUAGUGGAGAUAUCAUUGAUGAGUUGAUGUCUUCUGAUGUGUUUCCGCUUCUCCGGCUUUCUCCCACCCCGACAGACGACUACAACUUUAAUUUAGAUGAUAAUGAAGGAGUUUGUGAUCUGUUUGAUGUCCAGAUACUAAAUUAUUAGAUUCCAUGGAGACUUGGGACUGUUAUCUACCUCUAACUGUAACAUUUUAGACUUCUUAAUAACCUAAGUAUUUAAAGUAAUGAAUGUAACACCUUUUUAGUUCACUGAUGCUGACGUGUUCUUCCCUAAUACUUUCCUUCUUACUUCACAAAACUUCAACCAUAAAGACAAAGGGCUCUGCUUCAGGGUAAAAAGUGAUUAAGUCUCCACCAACCCCCACCCUCAAGUAAUUACAUUCUGGAAUUUCAACUUUUCUUCCAGUUCUGAAUCCUUCUGUUCUUUCCUCCUGGAAGAGGAAAGUUAAAGUAGACUGAAGGUCAUCAAAAAACAGAAAAGUUGGCCAAGGGCUCAUCACUUGUUGUCUUAUAUUUUUACUGCCACGAAACUGUCCCAUUUCUGUGUCCUCCCAUCCAGAAUUCACUGCCACUUCUAAAGUGAAGGCUGUAAACUAGGCUAUACCCACUGUUUCAGUGAACAGAUUUUGUGAAGUGCCUUCUGUUUUAGCACUUUAAGUUGAUCACAUUUUGUUGACUUCUGACAUUCCACUUUCCUAGGUUAUAGGAAAGAUCUGUUUAUGUAGUUUAAAAUGUGCCAAUGCCUGUACAUUAACAAGAUUUUUAAAAAUAAAAUUGUAUAAAACAUUUAA